UUAGUUGUUGUGAAAAAUCGCUUUUCUCCUGAUAAAAAGGUCAGAAUUAUUGAAAUAAUAUGAAUCUACUCGGGAACGGAACCUUCGUGGUGCGUUUCCAAUGGGACUGUUUUUGUUGACGCACCAGCGCACCUUGAACUCGUAGAGAGGCAGAAGUUUGGUCUUUUCUUCUGUUUUCUCGUCCCAUGCUAAGCUAAGCCGUUUUCUGAAGCAUGUCUGGGCUUCCUCGGUUCCUCCGCUUUUCGCCCUCAAACUCGGAGCGGUUAUGGCGCAGAGGAAGCGCGGAGAAGUGCGUCAGUUUGUCUUCCAGAGCCAACUUUCUGCGCCCCGGUGUAGCCCACCCGGACGGCAGAGGCGGGUCCAGAUGGUACAGCAGCUGCAAGCCGGUCCGGAUCGGCUGCGCCUCCGGGUUCUGGGGGGACACGGCCACGUCGACCCCUCAGCUGAUCUACGGCGGGAAGCUGGACUUCCUGGUGUUCGACUACCUCAGUGAGAUCACCAUGUCUCUGCUCACCGCCGCCAGGACCAAGACGCCUAACCUGGGCUUUGCUCCGGACUUCGUCCAGGUGGCUUUGGCUCCGUUCAUCAACGACAUCCACAGGAAAGGUAUCCGUGUCGUCAGCAACGCGGGCGGCGUGAACCCGCUGGCCUGCGCCGAGGCCAUACAGGAAGUCAUCAAAAAAGCGGGGCUGGACCUCAAGGUUGCCGUGGUGACCGGUGAUGACCUCAUGCCCAGUAGGAGCCUCCUGUCUGAAGUAAAGAUGGCCGACGGCGGCAGCAGGCGGCCGCUGCCUAAAACGCUGCACAGCAUGAACGCCUACCUGGGGGCCGAGCCGAUACGCCGCUGCCUGGACCUGGGAGCCGACGUCGUGGUAACGGGGCGCUGCGUGGACAGCGCCGUGGCUCUGGGACCGCUCCUGCACACGUUUGGUUGGAAGAGAGACGAUUACGACUUGCUUGCAGCAGGAAGCCUUGCAGGUCAUCUGAUUGAGUGUGGAGCUCAGAGCACCGGAGGAAUCUUCACCGACUGGCACCAAGUUCCCGACUGGGACAACAUGGGCUUCCCGGUGGUUGAAUGUUCCUCCGACGGAUCCUUCGUUCUCUCCAAGCCUCCAAAAACCGGCGGCCUGGUUUCCUUCGGAACCGUCGCUGAGCAGCUGGUGUACGAGAUCGGCGACCCGCGGAGAUACCUGCUGCCGGACGUCAUCUGUGAUUUCAGCCAGGUGGCGAUCCAGGAACUACCCGGUGUAGACGGAGGGGCCGUCAGAGUCACCGGCGCCAGAGGUUUGGCCCCCUCUCCUGACUACAAGGUGUGUGCCACCUACAUGGACGGGUUCAGAGCGACGGCGGUGUGUCCGGUGGGCGGGCCCAGAGCGGCGGAGAAGGCCCGGCGGACCGCAGACAGCAUCAUCAAACGGACCAGGAGGAUGUUUCAGCAGUUGGGCCUGGAGGAUUUUAACUCCGUUCAUAUUCAGGUUCUUGGAGCUGAAGACACUUACGGCCCAAACGCUCGCAGAAAAGACUGCAGGGAGGCCGUGAUCUGGAUGGCCGUCCACCACCAGCAGAAGAAAGCUCUGGAGAUCUUCUCCAGGGAGGUGGCUCCUGCAGGAACUGGCAUGGCUCCUGGACUCACCGGCAUCGUGGGCGGACGCCCCAGAGUGUCUCCAGUCCUGAAACCGUUUUUCUUCUUGCAUCCUAAAUCCCAGAUAAAGGUGGACAUCCACGUUGCUGGAGAACUGGUAGAGUCACUUGCUGAAGUGGAACCGGACUCACCUGAGCAGGUGCAGGAUGAAGCUCCUCCCACCUCUGACCAGGAUGCGCCGGACGCAGACCUGCCCAGUGGACCACACACCUACCGGCUGGAGGACCUGGCAUUCACACGCAGCGGCGACAAAGGAGACUCAGCAAACAUCGGAGUGAUCGCUCGCCAUCCUCUCUACUUCCCUUACCUGAAGAAGCACCUGACUUCUUCUGUGGUGGAGGACUACUUCUCUCACCUGAUGGAGCCUGGAGUGCAGAGCGCCGUCACACGAUUCACUCUGCCGGGGAUCCACGGCCUCAACUUUGUCCUGACGAGUUCCCUGGGAGGGGGAGGGGUGGCCUCGCUCCGCAGCGACCCCCAGGGAAAGGCCUUCGGUCAGAUGCUGCUGGACCUGAAGCUGAAGGGACUGCCAGAUCUAAAGUCCCUGGUGGACUGAACCAACGUCCCACUGAGAGACACGAAGGUGGACAGAAAACGUUUUACCUCAACAGGAACACAAAUGAUCAUUUAUUCCUGAAAUGCAGCCUGGAAGUCACAAAAAUCAGACUUUUGGUUUCUGACAUGAAAUUUGGCACAGAUUGAGAAGACUUUGAUCCACAGUGGAAACCAGAAGAAAAACUCCAGUGACAUGGAGUCAGGUUGGCUCUGGAUGACCAUUGUUCAGCUCAGCUUCGUGGCAAAUUAUUUCUGCAUCUGAAGCAAAGGAAAAAUUUAAGGCCAAAUUUACAAAGUUCAAAAUAUGUGAGUUGCUUUCUGCCUUAUUGAAAUUAGGGAGUAAACAAAAGCUUUAAAAUAAAUUAACUACACUGUCAAAAGAACUGAAGCGUCUAAAAUCAAACCCAGCAUUUAUUUGAAUUAUUUUAUUUCCACUGAGCUGCAGUCAUUUCCCACCAGAGCGAACAUUAAACCGGAUCGAAGGCAGCCGUUGUUUCUGGAGGGAAAAAUCAAACCUGUCAUCAGCGAAAGUGAAAAUUCACUCAGAAUCAACAUGGAGGAAUCAAAAGCUUUGGGAAUUCACAGGAUAUACAAGAUCCUGAGUUAUUACAAACAUAUUGACCCAGAAGAUACUGAUAAAUCAGAGAACCUUUCCACACAAAAGCUGGUGGAGAUAAUAGCAUGUUUAGCUAACUCUGAUUUGCAGGUCAAGUCCAGAUUUCCACAUUUAUCAAACAAAAAAUUUUUAUAAUAAUUUUUGUUCUGUCACAGCAGCUGAUAAAAAUGAUAUGUAGAAUAUUUUAGUCAUAACGCCUCAUCACUCUGAGCAACAUGAUUCAGUUCAGUGUCUGUUUCUGCUUUUCCUCAGAGCUGGGAUGCUAACUGCCAACCUCUAACAUUAGUUAUCAUGUAACUUUAAUAUUUUAAAUGCAGAAACUGUAAAAGCCAAUAAGUCAUUGGACAGUAAGUGAUGAUACAGGGAUACUGUACAGGGCCAAAGUUAAAUAAAUAAAUGUAAAAUUAAAUAUUUAAAUAAUUUAAAACAAUAUAUCGAACAUAUUAUUAAAAUGCAAACUUAUAAUAGUGUGCAGAUUAUUUGUGUAACUCCAGUGACAAAAGUUAAACAUUUAUUUCCUGGUACAUUUGGUUAAAGAUUUAAUGAUGUAUUUAUUCAUAUAAUUUUGGCCCUUUUGGCCCUCCAUAGAAUCCAGCCUUUGUUGUUUUGGAGGUGGAACACCGCUGGUAUUUCCUUGUAACAGUUAAAAACAUAUUUAAAGUUAAUUUUGACUAAUAGUGGCUCUAAAAUGUAAGAAGUGGUGAAAAAUGUUGGGCUGAGGAAAUUAAUAUUUAAUUGGAUUUAAAAAGUCUUGUUGUCAUGGUUUCCUUUACAUAAAUAAUAUUUAUAUGUGACAAAGAUGCAUUUAUUAGUUGUUCAUGUGAAGAAAGCAUCAGGAUGUUUUUAAGAGAAAAACAGAAACAGUUUAACUUUCCUCCACCCUCAGUCUUGGUUUAGCUGCUGCCUUCUUAGCCGAGCUUUGCCUCGGGGGAGCUGACCUUUGACCCCAGCACUGGAGAGUUUUGGUUUGGGUUUCCUUGUAAGAUGCUCCAGGCAGAUAUGAGAGGUGGCGCUCUCAUCCGACAGGAACGUCGGUGUCUGGUUCACCUCGACCCGACCCGGCUCUGAUGUUCAGCGCCCCGAAGGAAUGUGGGUCUCUCUCUAUCUGUCUCUCUCUCUUUCUCUCUCUCCGCUGCCAGACUCGCCGCAGUCCGUCUGUGUUGUCAUAAUUGCAACCAGACUGAAUCUGGGACUCGGAGUCACUCUGCAGUUUAAACUGAAUCAUCUCCCAAAACUUCCUCCAACGUCUUCCUCUGUUUUCAGGGAACCUCUUCAGCUCCAGUUCUGUUUACAUCUCACCAGAAAAUCUGGAACAUACACACACUUUGUUUUCUUUUUUAGAAAGUUUGGAGACUUGCACAGAGAAGGAGCCACACGGAGCAAUAAAUAAAGAGCGGCUCAGUAAACAGACUAUCAAAGUCUGACAGUGGAACCAGAAUAAAUAUCGACCCGUCAAACUCUUCAGACGGGAUUCAGAGAGGCUGUAAAUCAGUUCAGAUCUGCCUGCAUUGUUUCAGAGCAACACGACAUGCAGAGCUGGGUGUCACAGUAAGAUCUUUGAGUUCUUGUUCUUAUAAACCACAGCCGUCACCACUUUGCAUAUGAAAACGCCUCAUGACUGAAACGAGGUCUGGACUCACAUCUGUCCCACGUUUUCCUUCCCAGGAAACAACAAGGCGUUCCACGGGAUCUUCUGAUUGGUUAUUUGCUCACGUCGUUUUGUCAUAAUAAACUUUCCCAAGAGCCAGGAUCUGGGUCGGGUCUCCAGUAAUCUCAAACAUCACACACACUUUGAGCGUGCCCACGUGUGUGUGUGUAUGUGUGUGUGUGUGUGUGUGUGUGUGUGUGUGUGUGUGUGUGUGUGUGUGUGUGUGUGUGUGUCAUCCCGUUCUCUCUCUGAUCUAAAACACCUCCAGGGAAUUUCUUCAGAACCGGCCCAAGCUUUUAACUGGAACAAUAAAUCUCUGCUGUUCAGUUAUCUCAAACAGAAACCAGAAAAUGAUUAUAAACUUAAACUUGACAGGUGAAGAAAAGCAAAUAUUGAAAGAGAUCUUUUACAAUUUGUCGUAAUUGUAUCUCUGGUUCCAUAUGUCACUGUAAAAAUUAAGAUCCUUUUUGUAAUUUUAUGGUUGGAUCAGUUUUUCUGACAGAAAAAAAACCAAGGUCCAAGAACGGAGCCCUGUGGAACGCCAUAAAUAUUUACCAAAAUUAAGAGCUGCAGACAAACAGAACAAAUAAUCCACCUUAGAAACUUAGAAACACAAAUCUUCUUUAGUUAUUUAUAUUUCCUGCAGCUUAUGAAUUAAAGUUUCAUUUCUGAAUUUAUUAAAAAGAGCAAAACUUACAGAAGAAUUUUCAGUUCAAGUCAGAAAUAUGUUUUGUUUCUCUGAGGGAAAUUAAAUCCUGUCAUAAGAAUCUUUAGUCAUUUUGAUGGUGAUGCUGUGGGAGAACCAGUAGCAGUCCGUGUUGAAACGGCUCUGUGUAGGCCUCUGACUGAAGACUCGCUGCACAUCAGUCAGAUAAUCGUUAUGACAAGCUAACAGGCAGCGCUGCCAAUCAAUCCACCUCAUUUGUUCUUCUGAUCAGCUGCUCCCAGUUGGAGGAAAACACUGCCUCGUUGCCACGGUUACGAAAGUAAACAGUAAGAGCAAAAAAAAAUAAAAAAUAAAUUUUAAUAAUCGGCCAAACAUUCAACGACGACGAACAGAAGAGGUCAGAUCUCCAACAUGUUGCCUCCAGGAGCAACUUUCCAUCCAGGGCAACAUUUUUAUUGAUUACAGAUUGGAAAAGUUUUAUAAAAACAAUUCAUUAGAGGAGGAGAGGUUUGGGUUUCCCUUACAGUGGAUAUUUAUCUGUGUCAAACUUCAUGAUGGUCCAGGCCGCUGCCAGCACAUCGCUGCCUUUCACAGGUUCUGAUCCGAUUAAAGGAGUGUUAAUGAAAUCAGAGUUUAAAAAAUAAUUUACGGUUCUGUUGAAAGACGUUGGUCGUGUAAUUGAUCGUUAUAUUUUUCAGUGUUUAGAAGGAAUGUCAUUUCCAGAUUCCAGGGCAGUCGGAGAUCUCAGCCCUGUGGAACACCAGAGACAUUUUAUUUCUUUUAAUGAGAUUUAAUUCAACUGGACAAAACAUUUCUUUUUGUUCCACAUGAACUCAACCGACUGCCAGAGCUGCAGCACUUUAUUCAACACGAGGCCUUCAGUAAAACUCUGCUUAACCUGACAAACCUGUGGUUUUAUAAUCAGUUUUAUUAAACAUCAGGUGAUAUUAAAUGUGAAAUCUAAGCAUCAUUUAAAGAAAAUCAGAUUCAGCCUCCUGCCUUUUUUAUUUAAUCAAUGUAGAAAUUAGAUUUUGUUUCACAGCUUUUGACUGUUUAAAUGCCUUUAAUGCAUGAUGUAUGAAAGUGAUUUUGUAGAUAAAAUGAUUAAAUUAAAGAUUUUACUA